AUGGACGAGGCCUACGACGUGAUCGUGCUGGGCACCGGCCUGACCGUGAGUGUCCACCCCGCCCGCGCGCCCGGCCCCCGGCUUUGCACCCCUGCCCGCCCCGCCUCGCUGCUCUUGCAUCCCGUGCUCUCCCGCUGCAGCCUCCUGCAUCCCUCGCCAGCAGCAGCAGCAGCAGCAGCAUCCCUGCCAUGUCCGGGCGGGGUUUGCAAUUCCCCGCAGCCCACGAGGCCUUUCUCGCUGCAGCAAAGCAGCUCCAGAAGCAGCACAUAAUUGCACCUUUUCUCUCUGCUUCCGUGCUGCUGCUGCCUCGUCCUCCUCGUUCCCUCCGUAUUCCAGACCAUUAUUGCACCUGCCCCCCGGAUUAGCAGCUGCUGCUCCCAGAGGUGCGCCCGCCUCGUUUGCACCGCCCCGUUUCCCCUCCGCCUUGGACGGCAGGCGCCUUUGAGCCCCCGCUUGCAACUCUUCGGAUGCAACGCGCCGCCAUCAGCCGCCCUCUGAAGGCGAUGGGCGCCCAUUUGCCCGCGCCCUUUCCCGGCCCUUUCUCCCACCCAGCGCCCCUCCUUCGUUCGGGGGUUGCCAAGCCAUCAGCUGGCUGCGGCUGCUGUGCAUCUCGCAGCGCCCUGUGACAAUGCAGGAAAACCGUAUUUAGUGCGACUUGUGGGGAUCGAGCUACAGGGUGUUCGAGGGGCAGGCCAGUUGUGUGUGUUUUCUGGUCGGUUAGCAACCCUGCCCUCUUUUACAUCUCAAUAGGGGGAGGAAAGGGCGCUGCUGCAGUUCCCAUGCUCCUUAUGCCCCCCCCAACCCUUCAGCAGCAUCCCUUCAAGCUCUUCCAGUGCAGCCCUUUAACUGCACUUCCAAAUCCUGCAGUCUCAGUGUAAACUGGCUGCCCCUUCAGCACCCAAGGUUGAAGGGUCUGAAGCGCAGGGUGUUCUACGGCUGGUCCUGAGCGCCCCUGUACCUACUGCAGAUGUGGUCGAAGUGCAGAGGUAAACCUUGCAUGUACUAUAUGCAGUUUCCUGGUUUUUCUCAUUAAUGCAGCCCCCUGCCAGUGUUUUCCCCAUUCUGAACUUUUACGCUUAUUUAUAAAAAAAGAAAUCUGCUCCAGUAAAGUAAAUGCUUCUCCUUCUUAGGUGGUUAGUCUGCAUCUCCCCUUGCAAUUCCUUGCAGUCUAGGAAGCACAUACUGUUUGACCCUUGCAGUUUCCUGGUCUUUUUUCUUUCACGGCUCCUUAGCAGCCCUGUGUCUUCUUACUGUAUCAGCUUGGCUUUGGGCCAUCUGUGGUUUUCAGUAGAACUGAAUGAACUUCUCUCUCCCCCCAGAGUUAAAAGAAACUUCCUCCCUGCUCCUACUCCUGUCAGGGGAACGUUAACCAUCACCCCCAAUACUGACUUGUCCCUCUUUACACAUUACUGCAAGAUGGGAUUUCCUGUUCUGGAAACCAAUGUAGGCACCUCUUCCUGCCCUCAACAAGUGGCUGGACACCUCUUUUUGUGUAAUUCAUAUGUUUUUCUACAUAUUAAUUGCGCUUUGCAGAACUUAACUUCUGUUCUAUCUCUCCUCUCCCCAGGAACAUCAAAGGGAUGCAGCUCUCAGUUUGGCAUCUUUCCAAGCUCCCUCCCUUCUUUUUCUUGUGGUUUCCUGGCCUUAGUGUGGAGAGCACUGUCUACUCUGUCCUGUUCAUGCUCCAACCCCCCCCCCCGAAAUUAUAAUUUAGAAGGAUGAUGUUUUCUGAUUCAUCACACACACAGCUUUUUCUCAAUCUUCUGCAUGCAGCCCUGUCUGGUAGGGGGCUAAACUGAAUUUCCCAUGUUUCUGGAACAUAGAAAACAUAAUGGGUCUGGAGAUUGGAUUGUCUAGCUUACUAAUUGUCUAGUUCUAGUUUCUAGCUCUUAAGUGGAGAUGCCAGGGAUUGAAUCCAGAACCUCUUGUAUGCAAAAGACAUGCUCUUCCAUUAAACUCUGACCCUUCACUAUGGAACCAGCCUAUCUCAUGUUAUGGAGCAGCAAUUAAGACAGAAUCUGUUAAGGAGAAAAAUGUUUUCCGCUCCUCCUCCCACCUUAGCCUCACAAACCAGGCUUGUCCUUAGAUGAAUCCGAACUCAUAUCCCAUGAGAAGCCCUUCAUCCUCUUGUAGCAAGCAAGCAAGCUGCUCUCUCUUUCACCACUUGUAAUUCAUUAACAGCAAAUUCACACAAACUUACUUUUACUGCCAUGGAGAUGUAGCUUAAGUGAGAGUGUUUCUUUGUUAGUGUUUGGUCCUCCUGAUAGAACCAUGGUUUUCUGAAGGGGAGGAAAUAACUGUUCAGCCAGUUUUAAGUCUGUAGUAUAGAUGCACCUUUUCAAAUGACCAGUUCAGGAUACAGCAAACAUUCAGUUAGUAUUCAUCCAUGGAGUGGUAUCCAGCUAUCCUACUUAUGGAAGCAUUUCUGUUUAAGGGAUCAUCCACUAUUUCCCUUGCACUCAAAGACCAAUUUCAUUCUUAUAAUGAAAUGUAAUUUCUUCUACAGCUGGUAGAGAUGAUUGUGGAAUGGAGUUGCAUGAAUGUCCCAGGAGCCUAUUGAAUAGUGCCUGUGACAUCACUAAUAAUACAUUAUGCAAUUGCUUUGGGAACUUUCACGGAGCUGAAAUGAUAAGGCUUGUGCUUGCAUUACAGUGUUUCUCUCUCUGCCACCCCACCCCCUCUCUUUCUCUCCCCUCCCCCUUCCAGUAGGCUGCUGGGGGAGGGACCAGUUACUGCAUGAAAUUAGGCCACAGAUUGUCUACCACCUGCAUUGCAGGAGCAGCGUGAUUGCCACCUUCAUGUGCCCAAAUAUCCUGCCACUCUGAAAACUGAAAACAAAUAACUUUAAUUGGUUGAAAUUAUGUGUGUGGGAUGGAUUAUAUAGGAAUUUGCAUGUUGCUAUGUGCUUCACAAAGGAGUUGGUGAUUUCAGGUAUCCACAUGUUACCGCAGUGGUGUGGAAUCCAGCCAGGGAGAGUAGAUAAUCUCCCUUUUGAGCUUCCUUUUCUCACUCACCCAUCCAUAAAUCUACCCGCCCAACAGCAGCUAGACUUUAGACUUUGCCUUGAGUAUUUAUUAUAGCUGUAAGCUACUGAGGUGAAACCAACAAGAGCAUUCUACAGACCUUAGCUUUGGCUCCUAGGUCCUUGUAAGUUGCACCGUAGCUGUCUACCCCUAAAAUCCCAAAACAAGUCUUGCUGUGGAUUCUGUUUGUGCAGAAACCCUUGUCAUUGCCCCAAACUUCCUUGAGACCAGUUUCUGCCUGGUGCCAGCUCCACUGUUCGUAACUGAGCACCCCUGUAUACUGGUUUGGAGCACGCAGUGGCAUGGCAUGGGAAAAUAACAACCUCAGGCUUAUUCCCCUUCUUCACAUACACAUGUGUACUUCUUAUUCUCCUUUUUGUGUUGAUUUUGAUAUGCCAGGACUCUAUGUAAAAUGGGUGGAGAAAUCUGUGAUCCUCCUGGUGUUCUGGGACGACAUCUCCCAGCAUCUCUGAGCAUUAAUAAUAAUAAAAAAAUAAUAAAUUGUAUUUAUACCCUGCCCUCCCCAGCCAAAGCCGGGCUCAGGGUGGCUAACACCAAUAAAAUCACAGUAAAAACAUAAUGGGGGGGGCGGGGUAUAUUUAAAAUGCAGUCUCAUUUUAAAAGUAGCCAAUAGAUCAAGACCAUAAGGGGAGGGCAACAUAAGGGUCAGACUGAGUCCAAACCAAAGGCCAGGCGGAACAGCUCUGUCUUGCAGGCCCUGUGGAAAGAUGUCAAGUCCCGCAGGGCCCUAGUCUCUUGUGACAGAGCGUUCCACCAAGUCGGGGCCAGUACUGAAAAGGCCCUGGCCCUAGUUGAGACCAAUCUAACCACCUUGUGACCUGAGACCUCCAAAAUGUUGUCAUUUGUGGACCUUAAGGUUUUCUGUGGGGCAUACCAGGAGAGGCGGUCCCAUUGGUAUGUGGGUCCUAGGCCGCAUAGGGCAGUGGUGGCAGUGAUGGGUAGGAGUGGGGGGAUGUGCAGGCAGAUGAGACAGAAUGGGAGGAGGAGGCUCCAGGGGAAGGGACUAGUGGGUUGUGGGGUUCUGUAGCACCUGUGAGGCAGCUGCCAGCAGAAGAGAAAGAAGGGGGUCAGGAGAGGGAGACUGGGCAGCCAGAGCAAGGGGGAAAGGAGCAGGAGACAAGAGAACAGCCAAAGGAGGUCUUGGAACCUAGAGAGCCUGCAAAGCUCCCAGAAAGGGUCGUGGCUUCGAAAUCCCCUGGAAUCCCCCCUCCUCAAGAAAGAGAUAGCUCUGAGACAGAGCAUAGGACUGCAGUCGUAGGUUGCCUAAACAUCUAGUUAGCGGGGAGUUUUCCUGGAUAUCUCUUGCUGAUGUAACCUACUGCUUCACAAAUAAAGAAUUAAAAUCUGGUUGCUUGUCCUCGUUGGUCCUGGUGUGGUUGGGACAAUUGGCUGUGCUGGCUACGGCUGUUGAGGUUGGAGUGCAACAUCAUUGGGAGAGCCACAGGUUCCCCAACCCUGCACUGUGAAAGCUACCAUGCUGUGGGGCCAUAGGUAAAGGGAGCCCUGACCAUUAGGUCCAGUCGCGGAUGACUCUGGGGUUGCGGCGCUCAUCUCGCUUCAUUGGCCGAGGGAGCCGGCGUAUAGCUUUUGGGUCAUGUGGCCAGCAUGACUAAGCCGCUUCUGGCGAACCAGAGCAGCGCACGGAAACACUGUUUACCUUCCCACCGGAGCGGUACCUAUUUAUCUACUUGCACUUUGAUGUGCUUUCAAACUGCUAGGUUGGCAGGAGCUGGGACCGAGCAACAGGAGCUCACCCCAUCACGGGGAUUCGAACCGCCAACCUUCUGAUCGGCAAGCCUAAGGCUCAGUGGUUUAGACCACAAUACCACCCGUGUCCGCUGUGGGGACAUACUUUGAACUAAUCAUGUUGUAGGGCAUCCAUAACCCUGCUCACCUUCUGUCCUAGGAAUGUAUCCUUUCUGGCAUCAUGUCUGUGAACGGCAAGAAGGUCCUGCACAUGGACCGGAAUCCGUACUACGGGGGCGAGAGCUCAUCAAUCACCCCCCUGGAAGAGGUAAGGAACCAGGAACAUAGGGCGUGUUUAUACCUCUGUUGGAUUAGAUCUAAGAGAAAGUGUGCUCUGAUGGCUAAUCUCCCAUUUAAAAUCUCUCCUCAGCCCUGAACUCAAUAGUUGGCUGGAGCCAAGGCAUUCCCUGUUGAUCCCACUCCCUUACCUGUGAUAAGGUGUAAUUCACCCAUUCUUGUAAGGUUUUCUGUGAUAAUGUAUGCAAAGUGCUUUGAACAAUGCCAGGGUGGAUAAAAAUCAAUGAUUUAUUUAUUUUUAAUAUAAAGAAAUCAAUUUUUAUUUAAAUUGGAUUUUUUUAUUUAAAUUGGAUUUUUAAAAUAAAAUGCUUUUGGAGGAAAAAUCUUUCUAAAGAUAGUUUUCUGUUUAAGUUACAUUAUAGUCCAAAGGCUAUUCAUCAGGAAAUAAGGAUUUGUUUUAAGCUUUUCAUGUGUGCUAAAACUCAGUCUAAGUUUUUUUUAAAAAAAAUUGUUUAAUCAUAUCAGUUAACAAACAUGGAUACAUAUGCUAUAAUGUUACUGUUUUAGUUAAAUAAAAUGUUUAGAUUGCUAUUAAGGAAAUGAUUACAUUUCUCCUUCCAAUAAAGUACAGCAGAAAAGUUGUCCAAAUAUAAACAGUUAACUUUUUAAACCUCACCAUAAUUUCAUAAUUAUCUGUCAAUGUAUUUCUAAUAGUAUAACCAAAUUGGUCAUUUUUGAUACAACUGUAAAAACCACUCUGAAAAUUUAUUAUUCCAAAAAUGAAACCUUUACCUGGUUGUAAAUAUUAAGAUUGUACCAGCAAGAAUGAGUCUUUCUGUAAAAAAUAAUGAUUAAAUCAAGUCUUACUGACUAGUGAUUUAAAUUGUGAUUUACCAUAAAUCGAUUUGAUUUAAAUCAGGUAUAGGCAAACUUGGCCCUCCUAGUGUUUUGGGACUACAACUCCCAUCAUCCCUAGCUAACAGGACCAGUGGUUAGGGAUGAUGGGAGUUGUAGUCCCAAAACAUCUGGAGGGCCGAGUUUGCCUAUGCCUGAUUUAAAUCAAAUCCACCCUGAACAAUGCUCAGGAAAAGCAUAUAAAUAUUCUAUUUGGCAUGUUUUCACUUCCCAGGAUCCUUCCAGCCAUACACCUUUCAGCUGCGUGAAAAGGCAAAGUAAAUGUUUGCAUGCUAGUUCUAGUGUUUCAUAGAUAACUUGCACCAGGGAGCCUGGAAGAUAGGAGAAGUGGUUUGGGGUGAUGGGCUGCUUCCUGCAGUAUCCUGGUCUCCUUUUUGAAUUGACGCUUCUCUGACUGAUACAGCUGAGAUAGAUUCUCCUCCUGCAUUUUGGUUGCACUGAUAUAUUUGUAUUAGGCUAAUAUGUAUAUUCUAAUUGAUGUGCCCUGUCUGAAUGAGUGUGUGUGAUGUACUGUUUUUCCUCAACUACCAGCUCUACAAGCGCUUUGAGAUUGGUGAUGGCCCCCCUGAAUCUAUGGGGCGUGGCCGGGACUGGAAUGUUGACCUUAUCCCCAAAUUCCUCAUGGCCAAUGGUAAGUCCAUGCCCUUGUUGUCCCUUGGUCUAUUUGCCAGAGAUUUCAUUCGUUUUACUCAAAAAGGGGUGAGAUGAGCUUGAAGAAUCACUUUAGAAGGACAGUCUGUAGUGGCACAGGACAGGCCCACAUAAUAGUAUCGUGAGACGUCUUGGCUCAUUGAAGUGGGCCAGGACUUUGCAUAUCAUUGGUGGGCACUGAAGAACAAGCAGCCAAAAGUGGCCCUCUGCAGUUGAUGGAGCUCUGUCCCUCACACCUCACAGCUCUACCUGUAUGCGCUACACACAUUUAUCGGGCAAGCAUUUCCCCUCUUAUUCACCUAUCAUUUGCUGUUAACCUUUGUACUGGGUACAUUUUAUUUACUUUACUUUUCUAUCCUGGAUUUCUUUCUUUAUGGAACCUAAGGUGGUAUACAAAUGGUUCUCAGAGGUCGCCUGUCCAAAUACUGGUCAGACCCAAACCUCUUUACCGUCAAGAAAGUGGCAGGUCUCAUGUACCUUCAACCUGGCUCUCUCUAUAAUGCACCCCUUAUCUAUGGUGGCAGGUAGAAGGGCUCUAAAUGAGGCUUUCCUUCCCCCACGCAGGCCAGCUGGUGAAAAUGCUGCUGUAUACGGAAGUGACACGCUAUCUAGACUUCAAAGUGGUGGAAGGCAGUUUUGUCUACAAGGCAGGAAAGAUCUACAAAGUGCCGUCGACCGAGACAGAGGCUCUGGCAUCCAGUAAGUAAGCCUAUUUCUUGCAAAACUGUACUGUGUCUGGCUCACAGGGACCUUUGUAUUCCUUUUGUGGUAAAUAUAUAUUACUGAGGUACAAAAAAGUAACGUGCAAUGAAACAUUCAUUAACAAACAAACUCAGAUCCUCAGUGUUUGUUGCAUUUACCUUCAUAUCUAUACUUAUCUGCAUUAAUUUUAUUUUAAAAUAAAUUUCCUGCUUUAUAAUGCAUUGCCAAUACUGCUCAGAAAUUUAAGAAACUAAAGGAUCAGUGUAGUUUUGAAAACUUCAGUCCACCAUCUUGAUUAAAAAUGGCAUCCAGUUGUAUUCAAACACAAACAAGAACGUGCUCCUUGAUCUCAGGAACCAUCAUGCAAAAUUUAGUUACAAUACCAUAAGAGAUAUCUAAACACAUAGCAAACAGACAAACAACUUUUCAAAAUAUAUAGUAGAUAAUGGAAUCUCUAGGAAGCAGACAAAGCAUUUCGGGCAGGAUUGAACUAAUGAGUCCCACAAGCAAAAGCUACUUGCGCACCAGAGCUUCCCCUGCUCUUCUUCCUCUGGGCUUCAGAGAACCCUUGGAACAGCAUAUCUGGGGAGAAGAGGGGGGAAGAUUCCACCUAGCAAGCCGAAAUACUUGUGUUGACAGAAUGAUUACUUUAGUCGGGUUUGAAUGGUGCUAAAUGUCUAUAAAAUAAUUUAAAGGCAUCCAUAAUAAUGACAUUGGCAAGAUAAUUCUAGAGUUUUUAAAACUUAUAAUAACUGAGCCCUCCCCCCAAAAAAACCCCCUAAAGUUGGAGGUAUAGUUCAGUCUUUGCACCUGAAAAACUUUGCUCUUUGAGAAGGGCCUGCUCUCGGAGGACCCUGUGCCCUGUGUGUCUGUGAGUCACUGCUAUGGAUGUGCAUCCUUUGAGGGGCAAGUAAUUCUGCUGCAUCACCACACCAGGAGUGACUGACUGAUCUAAAUCACACCUGGUGUAGAGACACAGCAGGACUACCCACCCCCAGAAGAGGCUGAGAGGAAGGAAGGGUGCAAAGUCAGGAGGAUUUCUAUUGGGCAGCCUUCUCUGUGGGUGAGGACCAUAGCUGUCAACUUUCAGUUUUGAAAAUAAGGGAUCAGCAGCCUCACCUGUCCCAGGGACAGUCUACGGGAUAUCUAACAAUCCGGGAUAGCAGCGGGAUGCAGCGGAAACGGUGCUGGAAUAAGUGAAUUUCCCGCAAAAAAAGGGAAGGUUGACAGCUAUGGUGAGGACUUGGGCUCACAGGUGCCUUUUGAUUAUUUGACCCACAUUACUUAUUGCCAUGCAGUGUACAAGAUGGGAUUGCUUGCCCUAAAUAGGAACAUUUUUGCCACAAUUUAUUCAUUCUAAGUGUUACCUAAAAUUUUGGAGUCCAGGGAGUGACUUGGGGCUAACCUUUACACCACUCUUCUCCAAGUUUGGAAGGACCCUCUCCGUGUCUCCUCCCUUGAAGAUGUUGAACUUGUACUCUGUUGGUGGCACCCUGGCACCCGAGAUCCUUUUAGCUGGAGAUGCCUGGGAUUCAACUUGGUACCUUCCUAGUGCAAAACAUGCUCUUCCAUUGAGCCAGGCCCCUGGUAAUUCAGUGUGACUCUGCAGUGUGCUGUCUCUAGUCCAACCCAUCUUCCUCCUUUAGAUCUCAUGGGCAUGUUUGAGAAGCGGCGCUUCCGUAAGUUCCUGGUGUUUGUGGCAAACUUUGAUGAGAACGACUCGAAGACAUUGGAAGGGGUGGAUCCUCACGGCACCACAAUGCGCGAGGUCUAUCGACGUUUUGACUUGGGCCAGGAUGUCAUUGACUUCACAGGUCAUGCGCUGGCACUCUACCGCACCGAUGAGUGAGUAGCUGAUCCUAAACCCUCCUUCUAACAGGGAGUGCAGCUUUUUCUAUGUCCCCUGGCUAUGUAGCUGUGCCACAUCCUGUGGUUAUUUUAGUAGCUCCUUGUCAGCUGAGAGUGACCUGGAGGACAGUCUGAUGUCCAACAUUGGCUUGUUAGAAACAGGGUGGGCAGGGGGAGAUGCCCAAGGAAAACGCCUAUGAAAAAUUAUGGACUCUCCCCCUUCUCUGCAAAAAAGGGGAAACUGGUCAUUGGCUCCCUCAGGCCCACAAGACAGCCCUGACCUUUCCCUUAGGAAACUCCCAAUUGUCUUGUCCUCUGCUUCCUGUUGUUCAUUCUUGGUGGGACUGAGGCAGGCUGUUUUCUCUUUUCACAGCUACUUGGAUCAGCCCUGCUUGGAGACCAUCAAUCGCAUCAAACUGUACAGUGAAUCCCUGGCCCGCUAUGGGAAGAGUCCCUAUCUCUACCCACUUUAUGGUCUGGGUGAACUACCCCAGGGCUUUGCCAGGUAUGCCAUAUCCUAGGGCUCCAAGUACAUGGGGCAACUCCUGCGUUGGUCCUUAGACUAGUAGAAAGAAAGGGCAUUGAGUCCAGUCACAGUUACUAUUUCCACCAUCACCACCACCCAGUUCUGUUCCAGGAUAUUGAGACUCUGAACUUUUACAUGUGAGCUUUCAAAUGGGUUAUAUGCAAAAUCUGCAGAAAUGUGUAUGCUUUAUUCUGAACUUGGUAUCUAAGAUUUUGCAGAGUUCUCUGGUUUUCUGGGGUGAUGGACACAUUUACAUUCUGUACAAGGAAACAUGAAUGUUACUCCAAGAGAGAAACAAAUGCAUGUGAGGAGCACAGAAACUUGAACCCCUGGAUCGCUUUUUCAUAGAUCCCAUCUGCAUGCUUUCACAAGCAUAAGGGAUUAGGUAAUACCUUAAAAAUGUAAAGAAACUCAAUUAUAUUUGAUCACAGUCACAGAAAACAAGCAAUUCUGAUAUUAGUGUUUGACUUGUUAAUUAACAGAGGGAUGAAAGUAAUGGGAAAAGGAUUGCUUACAUCUUUUGGCAAAGUAGUUCUGCCCUUGUAGCUGAACUGCAUGAGGUGUGUGUUAGGGUUGAGGUCUGUUUUGGUCAGUGCCCUUCACCACCCACCCAUCUCAUGUCCGCAGGCUCAGUGCCAUCUAUGGUGGCACCUACAUGCUCAACAAGCCAGUGGAUGAGAUUGUCAUGGAAGGUGGCAAGGUCAUCGGGGUCAAAUCUGAAGGCGAGGUGAGAAUGGGAAGCUGACCUUUCACCCCUCUAUGGUAGAAAGGCUGGGAAGGGGAUGUCUCAAGUUACAUCCUGGGAGCAAUGGUGCUCGGAAGACUGUUCCGUAAGUGAAGUACCUGGCUUUUAAAGAGGUACUACCUGUUUCAAGAGGCUUGAGUUACCGUUGUUCAUCUGCAUCCAGGGUCCACUCCCCGCCCCCUUCUCUGCCUGUAAGCUGAUUCUGUUAGUCCAUGUGGAUUGGCAGCAAUUGGAAUGGGAAAUCAUCAUCCUUUCUCCUGCCUGAGUAUGUGGCUUGUGAGAUGAACCUACUCUAGCCCUAUCUUUGGCUGGUUGCUUUUGAUAUGGGGACAAAUUCAAACAAGUGAUUCCUCCCAAUGCAGUCUAAGGCAGCACAGCCUAGCAAGCACUUGUGUUGCAUACUUUGCCGGCUCGAACCAGGACAAGCGAUAUGGGCAAGGGCAGAGAUGGGAAAACAUAAGGAAGAUUACUAAAAUCCCAGAGGUCCACGAAACAGAGCUAGCAGUGCAAAACAGUGCCUCAGAGGUGAGUGUAGUGUUAGAAUAGAACAAGAUGCCUCUGAGCACCUUGGAAUUUAUUUUCAGCAUCAGAACUGAUCUUAAAGUCAUUUCAUACAAAAAUCCAGUUCUGGCUUUUCAAGGUCCCCCACCCCCUUUCAUUUCAGGAGCAUAAUUUGGGGAGGGAGCAUUUUGUUCUAUUUAUUUUUUGGAAUUUAUGUACCAUCUUUCUACCAAGCUUCUUAGUUAUACACUUGGGCCUUUCGAACCUUUAACUGUAUGGAGUAACAUCCAAGGAAGUCUUGGGCUCUACCAAUGGCCCUCUACACAAUGUUUACUCCCCCACUCCAGGUGGCACGCUGCAAGCAGUUGAUCUGCGACCCCAGCUAUGUGCCAGAUCGGGUGCGCCCCGCAGGAAAGGUGGUGCGUGUCAUCUGCAUCCUGAGCCACCCUAUCCGUGGCACCAAUGACUCUAACUCCUGUCAAAUCAUCAUCCCCCAGAACCAAGUGGGGCGCAAAUCUGGUGAGUACAGGUGGAUAUGGGGCUCUGGGUAGAGUUGGGGGAAGGGGAGGCAGGAUAUAAUGUUUGGGGGCUUCUUCCACAGUAUCAUAUACAGCUGGGACAGGGGACCAGUGGCUCUUCAGGACCAGUGGCCCAUCAUCCCUGACCAUUGGCCAUGAUAGUUGGGAUGGAUGGGAGUGGGGAGUCCAGCAACAUCCCAGGGGUCAGCAAACUUUUUUUGGAGGGGGCCAGUUCACCAUCCCCAGACCUAGUGAGGGGCCGGACUGUGUGCGGGGGAGCGCACACGUGGUAGAGGGGGCUUCUCUCUCUCCCCCUCUCUCCCCCAGCCGCUCCCCUCCUCCUGCCUACCUCCUCUGCCGCUCUGCCUGUGGUUGGGAGCUGGUGGCAGUGGUGACGCCUCUCCUUUUCGCCAGCAGGUGCGCCAAGCUCCAGCCCACAGCGUGGCCAUAGGGAGAGGCCGGCAGGUGGGCAGUGAGGCUUCCUAUCAAAGCCCAGCCCCCUUCCUCCACAGGGCGGGGAGAAGCCAAGAAGAGGGAGGGAGGAGGGAGGAGACGCCACUGCGGGGAGAGAGGGAGGGAGGGAGGGAGGGAGGGGAAAAAAAUCACAAAAGAGUGGCACCUGGGAGAAAAUAGUGAUUCCGCCGAUCCAAGUGGCGAUUGCAGAACUGUUUGCUGGCCGGAUCCUGAUGGCAACUGGGCCGGAUAUGGCCCACGGGCCUUAGUUUGCCAACCCCUGUCCUAUCCCCAAUAUGAAGUAUACCAAGAGCAUUAUAAUUUUCUCCAGUUCUGUAUCUUGUAACAAUUCUGUAGACUAGGAUGGCCCAAGUGAACUUCAUGGUGAGCUCGGGAUUUCAACAAUGAGUAGGGCUAACUCUCCAGGGUUUCAGGCAGGGGACUUUACAGCCACUGAGCUACCGUCCUUUCCUUCGUUACGAAAACACACACAUCUACCCUCUGGCAUCUUGUAUAAGAUAAUGUUGGUAUAGUGUAUGUGUUGGGGUGGGGGCUGCUUCGCUUGGCCUAUUUUCCACCAGGCUUGUGACCCUUUCCUUUGCCUCCCUACCCAGAUAUCUAUGUCUGCCUGAUCUCCUCCGCCCACAAUGUGGCUGCGCAGGGCAAGUACAUUGCAAUUGCCAGCACUACUGUGGAGACGGACUCUCCUGAGAAUGAAGUGCAGCCAGCCCUCGAACUUCUUCAGCCUGUCGACCAAAAGUGAGUGGGCCAGGGGAAAACAUGAGGAACAGAACUAGUCUCUAGGAUUAUGAUGUUGAUGAUGAUUGCCGUAGGACACAAUUUCUGCUUUAGGACACAGAACUUCCUGCCUACAGUUCACAACCUAAAAGGAUAGGGAAUGGGGACACACAUAACAAGGGCCUUCAAAUACUUGGGCACAGCUGCAUUUCAUUCAAGAUAAAGAUGGUGAUUUCUAGGAGAUUUUCCACAUAGGGUAAAGAAGGAAAAUCCAAGGACAAGAGAUGCAGCAAUCACUAAUAUCUGGACUGUGAGUGGCUGCUGUUCCAUUUUUUUAAAAUGAUGGCAGGAAGAUUCUAGCCUAGUCACUCCCUAACAUGCUAGUUUUCGAUGUGUGGGCAUGUUCUCUCAUGCAAGCCCUAUUUGCAAUCUGAAGUGGCACAAUCAGGCCUCUGAAUAGAAUAAGAAAACAGUUUAACGAAAGAAAAAUAAAUGAGGCUAUAAUGAGAUAGAAGGAAACAAGGGGCAGGGAGACGCAAGAUUACAUAGAAAGUUUAAAACAGGUUUAUGCUGGAUCUGAUAAAAGCUCAGAUAAAUUAAUAGAAGAGGGCCUGCUGAAGGAUGCUGAGAGAGUGGAAACAAAGACUUUGGGGCUAGAGACUUUGGGCUAGCUAGGCCCUCCAGUUCAUGGCUCUUCAAGCUGCAGGGUUGAGUCAGAAACUCAGUAGCAAGGAACAGAGGAACAGCUUUGAGAGAGGGAUCGCUGCUGGUGUAUGUGUGAAUCUCAUUUUUGCCUGUGGUAAACAGAGUUUGCAGGUUACUCUCUUAUUAUUUCAAAAACUUUCAAAGCCUGUUUGACCAGAAAUGGCAAACGCAGUGUGUGGGGAGUGGAGCCUGUCUCAAACAUAUUUCAAACCCUUAAGACUUUCAUAAGCAUCUUUCCUUUUUUAAUAGGUUUGUGGCCAUCAGUGACAUAUAUGAGCCUACUGAUGAUGGAACUGAAAGUCAGGUGAGAUUCCACAACGUAUUUGGUGUUCCGAAGUGUUGUAGAGAAGGGAGAGCAUUGCUGCAUGGUCCAUAGCUGGCUUUAAAGAAGAUCCUGGCUUCUUUAUCUUCUAUUGCCCAUCUCAUGCACCUGUGGUUUUUCUUGCCUCUGUUUCCCCUGCAGGUAUUCUGCUCACGGUCAUAUGAUGCCACCACCCACUUUGAGACAACAUGCGACGACAUCAAAGACAUUUACCGGCGCAUGGCAGGGGCUCCCUUUGACUUUGAGAGCAUGAAACGGCGCCAGAAUGAUGUCUUUGGCGAGGAUGAGCAGUGA